AGUGCCAAGGCUGUUCUAGAAAGCGCGGAGUUGCGUAGCGUGUUCUUAGGCGAGCCGCGGACCCCGCUUCUUCCCAGGCGGGACAGGAUCAAGGUGCACCUGUGGGACUCCUUGUACGUUGCUUUGAUCCCAACCGUCGUAUCGCCAGACCGGCAUUUGGUGCUCCUUAGCCUCUGCCAUUCUUGGAGCUGUGCUGUUCCGCACUCCCCCGGCUCUGCCCGCCUGCUUCUUGCCCACACCUCCUCUCCUUGCUCCUAAUUAACCAUCUCCGCUGGACUGUGGCACCCGCCCUCUUUCUCCCCCACCCCUGCCCCUACGCGCGAAGAGCCCCUCACCGCGCAAUCCUCUCCAUGCCUACCGAGCAGUAAAAACCACAGAGCAAAGCGGUGGGGCUUACGCCCAGGCGAGAGUGUCUAGGAUUGCCUCCAAGGCCAUUCCUGCAUGCCUCCUGCAGCCCCCGCAUGGCAAGUACAGGCCAGAGAGCAGACAAGGCCAGCACGGCGGUUUCUGCAGAUAUCCCAUUGAUUGAAGAUGGCACCAUGGAUUACACUAUUACUAUUAACCUGUCUGGGGCAUAUACAAGGAGAAUUUUUCACUUCUAUAGGCCAGAUGACAGACCUGAUUUAUGCAGAAAAAGAUCUGGUACAGUCAUUAAAAGCAUAUAUUCAAGAGGAAGAAUCCAAACUUGCUAAAAUAAAAAGCUGGGCUGAGACCAUGGAAUCCUUAACUGUCAAAUCCUCCUCUGAUCCAGAAGGUUAUCUUGCUCAUCCUGUCAAUGCCUAUAAACUCGUAAAGCGCCUCAACAAAGAAUGGUUGGAGCUGGAGAAUCUGGUUCUUGAGGACAACACCAAGGGCUUUAUUGCAAAUCUGACGGUUCAGCGUCAAUUUUUCCCAAAUGAAGAAGAUGAAACUGGAGCUGCCAAAGCGUUAAUGCGUUUGCAGGACACAUACAAGCUGGACCCUGAAAUGAUAUCAAAAGGAGAAUUUCCAGGCACAAAAUACCGUUCUGCCCUGACAGUGGAUGACUGUUUUAGUAUGGGGAAAACAGCUUACAGUGAUGGAGAUUAUUACCACACAGUGCUGUGGAUGCAGCAGGCACUGAAACAGCAUGAUGGUGGUGAAGAGGCAACCACCACUAAAGCUGAGAUCUUGGAUUACCUUAGCUAUGCCGUUUUUCAGCUCGGGGAUUUACACAGAGCGAUAGAACUUACAAGGCGGUUGGUCAUCCUAGAGCCAGAUCAUGAGAGAGCAGGCAGCAACUUGCAGUACUUUGAGAAGCUGCUGGAGAGCGAAAAAGAAACAAACCAGUUCAAUAAAACGUCGGGCACAAGCGAGCCCAAAACGUACAGUGGCAUUUAUGAAAGGCCUCAGGACUACCUGCCAGAGCGCGAGACCUAUGAGGCCCUUUGCAGAGGGGAAGGUGUGAAACUGACGCCUCGAAGACAGAAGAGGUUGUUUUGCAGAUACCACAAUGGAAAUCGAAAUCCCUACUUAAUUAUAGCACCUUUUAAAGAAGAAGAUGAAUGGGACAGUCCACACAUAGUCAGAUAUUAUGAAGUUUUAUCUGAUGGAGAAAUAGAGAAGAUUAAGGAGUUGGCUAAACCAAAACUGGCAAGAGCUACAGUCCGCGACCCCAAAACAGGCGUACUAACAGUAGCCAACUAUCGGGUUUCUAAAAGUUCAUGGCUGGAAGAAGAGGAUGACCUGGUUGUUGCCAAAGUAAAUCAUCGAAUGGAGCAGAUUACAGGAUUAACUACCAAAACAGCUGAAUUACUGCAGGUUGCUAAUUAUGGGAUGGGAGGACAAUAUGAGCCACAUUUUGACUUCUCAAGGAAAGAUGAACCUGAUGUUUUCAAGCGUUUAGGGACUGGGAACCGUUUGGCCACUUUUUUGAACUAUAUGAGCGAUGUUGAAGCAGGAGGUGCAACAGUUUUCCCAGAUUUUGGAGCUGCAAUUUGGCCCAAAAAGGGGACUGCAGUUUUCUGGUAUAACCUGUUCCGAAGUGGAGAAGGUGAUUACCGAACAAGACAUGCAGCAUGUCCAGUGUUAGUAGGCUGUAAGUGGGUAUCAAACAAAUGGUUUCAUGAAAGAGGCAAUGAAUUUUUAAGACCAUGUGGUACAACAGAAGUGGACUGAAACCAGCCCAACCAUAUUUUUUUUUCCUCUUCUGCUGACAUCCUUGUGCAUUGUUCAGUUCAUUUCUAAGAAAUGACUCCUAUUCUACUAAGGAAAAUUACGACAUUAUUUAUUGAAGAAAGGCAGCGUCUGAUAAGGAAAGAAGGCAGCUCUUUGACAGUUGGUGCUAUGUGCUUAUAUUAUUGACACUGUCAUUUCCCUUCUUGCUUCAGUUUCUGCAACAUCCAGCAACGUUACAGAUGGGUCAUGGAACACUUUUUUCAAAAUGUACAUUUUAAAAAUAUUGUAUUUUCUAGGAUGUACAACUUACAUUUAAAAAAUAUAAAACUUUUUUAAAAGAA